CGCCUCUAAAUAAAAACUCAUCGCUAGAAAUUUACCCAUCGGUCUGGUAACCGAGGAUUUUUUUUUGUUUCGGUGUUAAAAUGAUCCAAAGCCGUUGUUUUUAGAGAUCAAAUCGUGCACACCUCGGAAUUGGAUGGUUCUCGCGAAAUUUGGCCAAUUGGGAAAACAUCGCAGCCUUCGAAAUCGUUUCACCUAAACUGCAUUUGUAUACAGAGCAGGUGGUGUUGUCUCCCUCUCGCGCCCGCACUGCUCGCUCCUGAUGUGCGAGCGAAACAACAACAAACAAGUUACAAGUUCCAACAAAAUUCCGUCUUCAUUUAAUCCAAAACUGGAGCUAGACUCCAGCAAAGACGACACCAUUCACUCCACAAGCUUAAACAAGAAACUGGUCAAGAUUAAAAAGUUUAAGUUGGACGAUAUGAAGGAGAUGGUGGGCGGCUGUUGCGUUUGUUCGGACGAGCGGGGGUGGCCGGAGAACCCGCUCGUCUACUGCGACGGCCAAAACUGUUCGGUGGCAGUGCACCAGGCGUGCUACGGCAUUGUCACGGUGCCCACGGGCAACUGGUACUGCAGAAAGUGCGAGUCCCAGGAGCGGACUUCCCGAGUCCGGUGCGAACUGUGUCCAUCGCGGGACGGAGCCCUCAAGAAGACCGAUAAUAGCAGCUGGGCCCAUGUUGUGUGUGCCCUGUAUAUCCCAGAGGUGCGGUUCGGGAACGUGACCACCAUGGAGCCCAUCAUAUUGUCGUUAAUACCUCCGGAGCGGUACUCAAAAACUUGCUAUAUUUGCCAGGAGAUUGGCAAACCGAAUCGUGCUAAUGUCGGCGCCUGUAUGCAGUGCAACAAAUCGAACUGCAAGCAGCAAUUCCAUGUCACCUGCGCCCAGAGCCUUGGGUUGCUCUGCGAGGAGGCAGGGAACUAUCUGGAUAAUGUGAAAUACUGCGGCUAUUGCCAGCACCAUUACAGCAAACUGAAAAAGGGCGGCAACGUCAAAACUAUACCGCCAUAUAAACCCAUUCAACAUGACACCUCUUCCGAUUCGUGUUCGUCGCCCGAGAAGGAGAUUGAUUCUACCAUGAACUCCGCGUCGACGUCGGCCACAAGCAUUAAGAUCACAAGUAGCAGUGCAAGUGGCGGAGGCAGCAGCAGUGGCUUGAACGCCAGCUCUAGUGUGGGCAUCUCCGGGGGAAGCGGCAGUGGAAGUGGCGUCUCAUCGUCCUCCAAGCAACGCAAGAGCAAUGCGUCCGGGAAAUCGUCGAGCAGCAGUAGCAGUAGCUCAUCAUCCUCGACGGGAGUGUCGGCCAACCCGUCCUCUAGUUCUGCACACUCAGGCGGUGCCAGCAGUGUUGGAGCCGGGAGUAGUUUACUACCAGGCGGUAGUAAUACCAUCGGCAAUAUUAGCAGUAAUUUAGGCAAUAACCUGUCAAGCGGCAGUGGAUCCGCCAGCAGUGCUGGCAAUGCGGCGAGUGGGAGCUCCAGUGGAGGAAAUCUACCAGCUUCGGGCAGUGGUGCCACACAUACGGCGGCCAGUCAAUCGUCGGCAGCAGCCACAACAAAAUCAUCGGCGAGUAGUUCAAGCAGUAGUAGCAGCAGCUACAAGGAUAAACAUAGCAAGAGCCUAAGCAAAUCCACCUCUAGCAAAGAUAAGGAUGGAAAAGAUAACGGUAGCAAUUCGGCAAACAAUAGUUUCUCGAAUUCAUCAGCGUCAUCAACAUCUUCCAACUCCUCGUCGUCACGAGAGAAGUCCUCCUCGAAGCUUUCGAAGAGCAAAGAUUCCAUUCAAGUACCGAGUGCCACCAGCAGCACAAGCACAACCAGCAGUAUCAGCACGCAGCCCAGUUCGUCCACUUUAACAGCUAGCAGUGGAUUGAGCGGAACCGGAACCCAUGUCAGCAGUUCAGCUUCCAGCGGAAAUAACACUAACGCCUCAACAACCAAUGAGCACUCGAACCACGCUCAUAAUUUGAGCACAAAUGGAGCAGGAGGCGGAAACGCAGCCGGAAAACAGCAAUCCUCUAGUAAUCUGGCUAAUCAGCAUCUCAGUACCAGCAGUUCCGGCUUGGGAUCAGAGCUAAGACCGGGAAGCACCACCUCAAGCUCGGUAUUGAGCGAUUCCUCCGGCUUCGGAAGUAAUUCAAAUUCAGAAAGAGAUAGUUUGACCGGCGCUGGAUCGUCGGCAAGCAACCUGUCUGGAACAAUGGGUCCUGGCAUGGGUGGCGUAUCCUCCAGUGCUGCCACGAAUCUGAGCACAAACAAGGGAGGCUCUUCGUCAUCGGCGACAAGCAAUCUCACCUCAACGAACCUUUCUUCGGGAAGCUCCUCAACCUCGACAUCGAAAAAGCGAAAGGCAGACUCUGCCAAGUCCAGCGGCAGUAUUUCCAAUGCAGCCUCCUCUCUGGACGAGAACAAUAGGUGGGGAUCGAGAAUCGCAAAGAAAAGCCUUAUAUCCCGAUAUGAUAUCAAAGAUGUUCAUGUGGCACUGACACCGCUUACGGACUUUGAAAAGGAAAUCGAGAAGAGCUCCAAGAGGCAACGUACCGAACUCAGCCCGCCGACCCACCAGACCUCCGCAACCGCAGAAGUAAACGCACCGCUGGCCAGCUCGUCGAGUGCAUCCAUUGCGGUAACGGCGAGUGCCACAGCAGCGUCAGCCCCUCCGGCGACGGGCAGCUCUACCUCAGGCGGCAGCAGUAGCGGCAAUGCAGGCUCCACUUCGAGUGGCAACAGUUCCGGCGGAGCAGCAGCCGGAGGAGCACCAUCGGUUGUGGGAUCCGCCGCUUAUCCAAAGACAGAGUCCAGCAAGUCGAGUGGCACAGGAAGCGCUGGCGGUGGCAGCAGCAGCAGUAGCAGCAGCAGCAAGCACGGCAGCAGCAGCAAGGAUAUCAGCAGCAACAGCAGCAGCCAGCAGCCGUCGACUGGAAGCAGCAGCAACGCACCCAGCCUGUAUGUCUCCGUGCCGCUCUCCACGGCCAAUGUACCUGGAAUCAAUCUGCCCACCAGCAGCAGUAGCAGUAAUACCACCAGCGAAUCCCAUUCAGCGUCAUCGCGGAGCAGCAGCGCACAGUCGCAGCAUCAACAGCCCAGUAAUCUGACGACCAUGGGUGGUGCAUCCGGAGCGUUUCAUGGUGGCGCGAGCAGCGGCGGCUCCUCGUCGGUCAUACAGCAUCAGAGCGGGAAGUCGUCGCCUGCCCUGGGCAACCUAGUCAGCGGCAACAGCGGCGGCAGCAUACUCUCCGCCAGCGGAGUCCCGCAUCCCAGCGGCAACCUCACCGCCACCACGACGGAGAGCGGCAUCUUGAAGAUCAGCUACGAGAAGCAGACGACCCGGGUGCAGCAGUUGCAGGAGCAGGAGGCGCCGCCGGCACGACGGAGCAGAUCGCGCUCCGGUGAGAGUGGCAGUAGUCACCACCAUGCCCAUCACCACCACCACCACCCCACCCACCACAAUAGCCACCACCAACAAAAUCCACAGCAGCAGCAGCAAUUACACCAACAGCAGCAGCAGAGCGCGUCGUCGCAGCAGCCACAUGCGCUGCACUCCUCCGCCAACUCCUCCUCAUCCUCCUCCACUUCCACUUCCACCUCCUCGUCCUCCAUGUCGGGUGGCACUGUCCCGGCCACGUCCUCCUCCACCUCCACUUCCAAGGGCCCGUCGAGAUCGGGCAAAAAGCGGGGGGCUGCGCAGAGCAAGAACGAAGCGGCAUCGGUGUCGACGGCGGCAACAUCAUCGGCAGUUGCCACAACGCCAGCCGAGAAGCAGAGUCGCCACAGUUCGCCCCACUACAACGCCACUCCCACCCCGCCGCCGUUGAGUGUGGCACCACCAGCGGUGUCCUCGCCGGUGGUGAUGCUGCAAUCCCUGUCCUCGUCCUCGGUCGACUCGCCGCCAGCAACAGCGGCUGCCGCGAGUACAACGAGUCGCAGCACGCGCAACAAUAGCAGCAGCAAUGCGAACCACAAUGGCGACCAGACCUCGUCGUCCUGCUCGUCCACGUCGUCCUCCUCCUCGAGUGGCGGCUCCAGUGGGGCGGCCAGUGUGGUCAAUCUGCUAGACUCGCCGGUUAACAUGUCAGCUUCCUCAGGAAGCUAUCGCGGCAGCAGCAACUCCACCAGCAAUGCCUUGCCUGCCGGCAGUCAAGCCAAGCCCCUAAAUAAGAAAAUGUUGCGUGCACAGCAGACGCAACUGUAUCAGCAGCAGCAGCAGCAACAACAACAACAACAACAGCAACAGCAACAGCAGCAACAACAACAGCAGCAGCAGCAACAACAAUAUGCACCCCCCGCUAGAUCCAACUCCCCCACAAAUCUUAGCUCAGCCUCAGCUUCCAACUCCGCUAGCUUUACGCACUUGCAACAGCAGCAACAACCACAGCAGCAGCACGAAGAUCUAGAGAUAUUGCAAUUCACUAAUACGAAUACCACUCCCUCUUCCAAUGCGCCCACGUCGAAACCCAACAACAGAACGCCCGAUCUCAGCCAGGCGAGCAACUCCUCAUCAUCGGCAGCUGCAGUGCCCGCGACAACGGCUCCCUUGAUGACGCUGAGCAGCCAGUUGCCACUCAACUCGAUGGCGGGUGGCGGCGGCUCGACCGGCGGCCUCAAGUUCACCUACGAGAGUCAGACGCAACUGGAUGUGCCCAUGCUGCCCGUGAGUGCCAUCAAGGACUCCCCUCCCAGUUCGCCCGGCUCAGAAGUAGGAUCGGCCAUGCACACGGCGACGCUGGCAGCCAGCUCCCUGACCGCCGCGGCGCCAACUUCGGCGCCUGCUCAGCCAGGAAACGUGCGGAAGCGUGGUCGCAAGGCCAAGGACUCGACCACAGCAGCAGCAACAGCGGCUGCGGCAGCUGCGGCAUCUGCUGCUGUUUCGAAUGCUCAACAGGAUCUCAAGGAUGUGCGCCUCCUCCAGAACGGGACGGCCAGUGGCUCGAGCAAUCCGGCCAGCAGCACUCCCACUCCGCCGGCCACGCCAGCUGCGUCCGGCACUGCCAGUUCGGCCAGCUCGAUCAUCACGCACACGGCAGCCCACAUGCUGGGCAACCAAAUCAAUCCGAACAGCAGCGUGGCCCAGAAGCUCUCCGAGCAGCUGCACAUGGAGGUGCAGGACCACUCGAUCUACACGGCCGACGCCUUGAACUCGCAGUACGCGGGAGUGCCCUUCCCCGGCAAGCAGCGAAAUUCGAGUGCCGCCAUCAGCAAUGCCGCCCCAGCUCCCAAUCCACUGCAGUCGAUGUUCAGCGGUGGCGGCAUCAACGGCAACAUGCCCAUUCCGCAGAGCCUGGAGCAACUGCUCGAGCGCCAGUGGGAGCAGGGCUCGCAGUUCCUCAUGGAGCAGGCGCAGCACUUUGACAUUGCCUCGCUGCUUAACUGCCUGCACCAGCUGCAGAGCGAGAACCUCCGGCUGGAGGAGCACGUGACCAGCCUGAUAGCGCGGCGCGACCACCUGCUGGCGGUCAACGCGCGCCUGCAGAUCCCGCUGAGCACCAUCGCAAGCAGUGCCAAGGCCGAGGCGCAUGCCGCCAUGUCAACAACGGCAGCUCCAACAACCACAACAACAACCUCAACAUCAACAGCAACAUCCACUUGUACAACUUCUGUCAUUUCCACACUAGCUUCCAGCAGCAAUAGCGGCAGCAGCAGCAUCGGACUCGGCAGCAACAUCAACGCCCUCACCGCGGCCACAACAAUCGCGGCGGCCGUCUCGCUGGCCACCACUGCCAUUAACACCACCAUCCCCACCAUGGCCAACAGCCGGCCCACCGUGGCCCCAGCCAGCUCCAGUGGAGUGGUGCUUGACUACCGCGGCACCGGCAGCAGCAGCAACAACACCAACAGCGGCAACAGUGGCAGCAGUAGCAACAGCGGCGGCAACAGUGGCAACAACACAAGCAGCAACAGUGUCAACAGCAGCAACAGCAAUCCUGCAACAGCUUCGAGCGCCAGUGGACCCUCCGCACCGCCAAUGUCAAUCUCUGGCCUGAACAUGACCAAUGCAGCCAACUUGGGAAUGAGGCACGUUCCUGCGGCCCAUGCGUACAACAAUGCCGGGAACAGCAACAGCAGCGUGGGGAUCCUGAACGCCAGUGGCGCGGUGAACAGCAACAGCCUGCACCACCAGCACUCGUCGCAGCAGCAGACGCAGCACCAGUCGCAACACCAGUCGCAUCCCUCGCAGCAGCAGCAGCACGCGCAACAAGUGCAGCAGCACCUGCACCAGUCGCACCACACCAGCGCCGCCGUGGCCGCCGCCCACAUGCUGGGCGUGGGAAUGAGCCUGGGCGCUGGAGGUGGUGCUGCCGCGGGCAUCGGACGAGGUGGGUCAGCGACAGCCAUGGCUGCAACAGCAGCAACAACCACAACUACUUUUACGACCACAGCGGGCACGGGCACGGGCAUGGGUCAGCAGCACCACCACCCACACCCACACCAACAUCCUAGCAUUCAGAUUCAAGUGGGUGGCGGCGGCGUUGGCGUUGACGGUUUAAGUAGCACCUCCUCCUCCUAUGCGGCGCACCACGCGGCGCUCUACAGCACGCAUCACCAGUCCCAACUAAGGCGCGACGAUAACCUCGCCAAAACCAGCUGAAAGUCAUACCGUGAGCAAGUGCUUCAGCAGCCGCAGCACCAGCUGAAGAAGAAGCAAUCCCUGGCCAAACGUGGAGGCCGUCACAACAGCAGCAGCAGCAGUAGCAGCAACCACGGCAGCAACAAGCUGUCCCAGCCAUCUUAUCACAGCCAGCUGAAACCAGCCGAGCUGGGCUUUCAGCAGCUGAUCGACAAAAUCGACGAUGAUCUCAGCAGCAACAGCAGUUCUUCCACCUUUUCGUCCUCGUCUCAGCAGCAGUCUUCGGUGGACUACGAGGCGGAGGACGAAAACGAGGACAAACAGCGCAGGCCGUUGCAUAAAAACGAGAAUGACAGUUUGCUGCACGUACAGAAUUUUCUAAAGUGCUUUGGACCCAACGCGUAUUCAUCGGCGAAAGCGCCGAUUCCAGCAACCGCAACAAAGCCUUUGUCCAUUGUCAAACCGCCGGGUGGAGCAGAGCUGCGUGCCUGGCGCCACAAUUAUCGGCCCGCCAACAACACAACAGUUCAAGCAUCAACCACAAUAGCAACAUCACUGACCCCAUCGACCACUUUAGCGGAAAACGCAGCCACAAAUGCAGCAAUGUUUCCGGUUCAGUCCAUUGCAAACCACAAACCAACCAAGUUUCAAAUAAACACGAAGUUUUUGCGCAAGCCACGCAACAAGCUACUGAAAAUGCUGCCGACAGCAACGGCAACAGCUGGCCAGCAAGAGGAGCAACUGCAGCACCAACAGCAGCAGGAGCAGCAGCAGCUGUUUAACGAUGAUUCCAACGCCAAAUUCAAAGACUUUUCAAUCGACUCGUUAAUGAAUAAGUAAAUAUUUAAAAUUAACGGAUACCUACAGUUAAGCCUUAUUAUUUGUAGCAUAAUUCAACAAAUACAAGCAGAGCCCAAGCCGCGUUCCUAAUUUCCUAACAACAAAACCACCACAAAUUUUGUUUAGCCAAUCGAGUACCCAUAACAUGAACAUAGCAACAACGUAUUCUAACUAUAAUUAGGUUGUUUAUUUAUUACAUGCAUAUUGUACAACUAAAGGCGCAAUUCAUAACUAGCAUAAGUAUGUAAAUAUCUACUUAAAUACGAGAUAAUAAACCACAACAACACAUGUGCUAGAAUUUAA